AGCGCCGCCCAUCUCCAUCACUGAAAUCCCACACUCUCUCUCUCUCUCUCUCUCUCCAAUCCAAAACCCUGUGAUUGCAGAAGAACGAAAAACUUCUGAAAUAUGAACACUCGAUUCUUUUUCUGAGCAUUGUUGAAUACACGUUCUCUGUUGAUUGACAUACUAUCAAAUGGGAAAACGAAUGCGAGGUACCCGACAAAAGGGAGCCUGUAAUUCAGAGAACCAGAUCACUGAAUUGCCUAAUGAUCUGAUUGCUCCUAUAUUGUCGUGGUUGACAGUAAAAGAGGCAUUACGUACUAGUAUUGUUGCAAAGCAAUGGAGAUAUCUGUGGACCUCUGUCAGUGCACUCAACUUUGAUGCCAAUGAAACAUUAGAUACAAUAGUAGCAAACCCAGAGUUAAGGGAUGUGGAAAGGUCUAAGUAUAUCAAUUUUGUGAAUCAUGUGGUGAAACAUCAUAGAGGCUUGACUAUAGAUGAAUUCAGGAUAUGUUUCGAUUUGGAUGAAACUUCUAAUGACGAUAUUGAAGGAUGGGUUCAGUUUGCAAUGCGGAAGGAAGUUCAAUGGCUUGUGCUGGACUUGUCAGAAAAUGGUGAAUCUACUCGCAAGCAUUCUCAAAACUAUACUUUUCCGUUGAGACUUGUGGAGGGUAUGCAGCAUUGCAAUUUUGGGUUUAAGUCUCUUAAAUCACUUUCUUUGAAGUGGGUAAAUAUUAAUGGACAGGUUUUUGAAUAUUUGUUGUCCAAUUGCACGGCCCUCGACCAUUUGUCUAUAUAUAGUUCAGGAGAUUUGGUAAAUGUAAGAGUUGCUGGCCUGAGCCUCAAAUUGAAGUCCUUAGAGUUAGUCUUCUGUUUGGGUUUAGAAAAAAUUGAAAUUUGUGACACAAACCUUGUUUCAUUCACUUAUUUGGGCCCGGUGAUAAGCUUAUACCUGAAUAACGUUCCAAUGCUUAAAAUGUUAUACAUUGGCGAGGGUGAUUCUGGAUUAAAGAAUGAUAUCUUUUCCCAGCUUUUGUGUUGCCAUUCUCAGCUAGAGUUUCUUGCAUUGGACAUGCUCCAUCCCGAGAGAACUAUGAAGCUUCCUUCAUUACCUGAAUUUUCAAAUCUCAAGAAAUUAGUGUUAAAAAUUGGGGCACGGGCUGAUGAUAGUCUCCUUCAAUUCACUUCCUUGAUGAUAAAGGCCUGUCCUUACUUGGACAGAUUUGUGUUGGAGUUAAUAUGGAAGUCACCUGCAAAGAGAAGAAGAAAAGUGGGGAAGGCUGCCCAAUCUCCCCAUCAACACCUUAAAUUGGUGGAGAUAAUUGGGUAUUUUGGUCGCAGUAGUGAUGAUGAGAUUGUCAUGUACUGUUUUGAGAAUGCUGUUGCCCUCCAGAAAAUUGUUAUUGAUCCUCACACUGAGAUUUUGAAGCAAAACCUAUCGGUAAUGGGUCAAAAUAAGUGGGAGGAAAAUGCAAGAAUUCGUGCCAGGAAGCUUGAAUCAAAAAAACCUCGAGAUGUUGAGUUUGUAAUCCUGUAAUUAGAAACAUAUCUUUUUUGAAGAAACAUAUAUAUUUUUUAUGUAUUUUUAAUGUUUGGUGGGAAUUGGAUAUUUUUGAAGAAACAUAUCUUUUUUAUGUAUUUUUAAUGUUUGGGAACAAUGUUCUUUUUCA